GAAAACCACAUCUGGAGCGUUGCGCAAUCGUGGGAAACAAACGCUCUAUCCCGAUUACAUCGAAGAACAUGCCCGUUGUCGUGCACACAGGCUCACGCGUAGCCCCUGGCGAUGCCCUCUUUACCUCGGCAGCUGCCGUUGCCGCUCCGAAUGAAGGCACCGCUGCUGCGCCGCCUGCGGACGAGGUAGUGGGCGAGUCUGAGGUCAUUCCUGGCCAAGGCUGCGUCGUGCAGUACGUAGAGGAGCCCGUCGACGCGGCAGCCGGUGCACCGCAAGAUAGAAACUUGUCGCGCGUACGGCGGUGCAUCGUGGCCACGCGCCAGGGCGUUGCACAGUGGGAUGGCCGCCUCGUGUCGGUCUUCGCGGCGACGCCCUCAUCGACAGCCGGUACCGCGUACAGUACACCGCAGCUGCAACUCGCCGCCUCACGCGGCACCGGCAGUGGCGGAAGCUUGGCCGGCUCAUCGGUCGGUGCGACGGCCUCGACGGCGGCGGUGAUGGGUCCACGCCCCGGCGACACGGUGCAUCUCCGCGUGACGCGCCUCAACCGCCUCUUCGCGUUUGGCGAAAUCAUCGCCGUGAACUGGCGCUGGUGCAGUCACCGCAGCGCCGCUACAGCCGGCAUCAGCGGUGUGUUUAAGGGAGUUCUACGCCAGGAGGAUAUUCGACCGUUUCGACCGACGAAAGAUCAGCUGCUGCCUCCAGCUCCCGCGUUGGCGUUUGCGCCGGGCGAUGUGGUGCUGGCCGAAGUCAUCUCUCAGUCCGACGCACAUCAGUAUCAGCUCAGCACAGUAGGCGAGGGCUUCGGCGUGGUGGAGAGCUACAUGGCAACCUCGGAGGAGCAGUACAACGGGCGCGAGAAGGUCAAGCUGCAGCACAUCCCAGGAAGGCGAGAUGCGAUGAUGGUGCCGUCGACGGGCAGCGUAGUUCCGCGGUGGUGUCCACUGCUGCCGUAG